UGCAACACAUAUCAUCAGGCAGGGCAUAUCAAGCGAAUCACGUCUUCUUUCCUCGCGAGAAGCUUUCGCGAGCUUCGCGAUGGGCGCCGACCUCGUCUCCAAGCUGCGCGCCGUGCUCCUCCACCACCAGGUUCGUCUCGAUCCAGUGCCGCAGCGCCAGCACGUCGAGGAUCCCAACGAUCCCACGCUCGCCUACAUUUCCCGGAUGCUCCUGGACGACGAGGAGGAGCCGCCGCUGAUGAUCCAGCUCCAGGAUCCCUAUAAGAAUCUCAUCGCGGAGCUCGGCGCCCUGGUCUCGGCGGGCCGUGGGGAUUCCAAGCGUCGAAACAUUUCGCUGCUGCCGCCGCCGCCGCCGCCGCCGCCGCCGCCACUCGACGGUCAAGGUUUCCAAGAAUCCAGGACGAAUCUCUUCAAAUCGAUGCUCCUGGAGGCGGCUCGAGCAGUGGCUGGGAAUCACGGCGCCGACGUCUACAGGAUCAUCAGCGAGGUGAGGAGCCUGGCAUCGCCAGGGGGCAGCAGUGAAGAACGCACGGCCUUGUUCUUCGCGGAUGCCCUGAUUGCGCGCUUCACAGGGUUUGGGCCACAGGUAUACAGUGCCAUGGUGAAGGGGAUCCGAGAGAGGCACUCUGUCCACGUCCGGCUGCUCAAUCUCCCAUCCUUCAGGGUCACCCAGCGAUUUGCCGCUUGCAACAUCUUCAACGUUUGCCAGGACGCGAAGAGAAUUCACAUCGUCGACUAUGGGAUCCAGUAUGGCUGCCAGUGGCCUCACGUCAUCAAGGCGCUCUCGCAGCGCCCGCAAGGCCCCCCGGCGAUGAAGAUCACCGGGAUCGACCUUCCUCGCGUGGACGUCAAGGAGACGGGGAGAAACCUCGUCGAGUUUGCCAAGAGCUGUGGAGUCUCGCUCGACUUCGACGCGAUCACGAGCACGUCCUGGGAAUUGGUCCAGCCCAAGACGCACGUCGAGGACUUGCUCAUCGUGAAUUGCAACCUCCGCCUCCGGCAUUUGCGAGAAGAUGGCAGCGUCGGGAACAAUCCGCGGAAGCUCUUCUUCGAAAGAGUUUACAGCCUCAAACCGGACCUGUUCAUACAGUGCGUGUUGGAUGCCACCUCCAACUUGAGCUCUCCUUUCUUCAUCCAACGUUUCGAGGGGGCGCUCGAUACGCUUUUCACGAGGAUGGAGCUGUUCGAGACGCUGCUCCUGCAAGAGGACAUGCCGGAGGAGUAUGAUUUCAUGGGGAACAUCAUUGCAAAGGUGAUCAUGGACGUGGUGGCUCUGGAGGGCGUUGAAAGGAUUGAGCGGGCAAAUUCUUACAGGAGCUGGGACUCGAGGGCUAGAAGAGCUGGAUUUGAGCUGCUGCCGGUUCGACCGGAAACGAUCGAGGUGGUGAAGGACGUGUGGUGCAGCAGCAGCAAGCUAAACAACAACUUCAAGCUGGGCGUGGAUGGGCACUGGCUGCUGCUCGGAUGGAAGGAGAGUAUCGUCUUUGCGAUGAGCGCCUGGAGGACGAGCAAGUAGAAACUCUGUAGACACGGAGAUUGGAGCUACAAGGGCUGCAGCGGAAACAAUCUCCACUUGCGGUGGUUGCCAACUUUGUGCUCUUCUGCGGCUUGCUCGAGCAUAGAGACGAUGAAGAGCUCCGCGUUGUCGGACAAUGCCCUCUCGGAGCUCUCACCAAGACCAGGGACAGUGACAACGAUCCCACGACGCCGCAGGAUCACUCCAAAGUUCAGCUUUUGGUCAAGAACACGGCUGCUAGAUUCUCCGCCCAUGACUCCCGCGAUCCGGAACCAGAUCACUUCCGAGAGGUUCUUGCUGCCGCGUUCUCAAAGUCGAUUGCGUGUGCUCGUUGUUAUCUUGGGGUAUCUGCCUUGAUCUUUCUGACGGAGUCAACUACUUUGAAUACGGCUUGCAGAAGGAUGGAUUGGGACGAGAGGACAGUGCAGUCUCCAAGUUUUGCUUUCUAUGACAAUCAGGGAAAAGGCUGUUUGGUGUGAUCGUAGUGUUUACUCAUUGGCUUUAUUUCAUGGAUGUUGAAGGUUUUUAAGUAAUAUUGGGCUCCACCAGCUAAAUGAUUCACUCCAAUAAAUUAAUUACCUUAA